GGGUGCCCGGGGCGGUACCGGUACGUCAGCGUCGCCGAGGAGGACCCCUGCGCUGCCGCCCGCCGCCAUGGCCAUGCUCCGAGGUGUGUUCAUUGUUGCUGCUAAGCGGACACCCUUUGGAGCUUAUGGAGGUCUUCUGACAGACUUCACAGCUACUGACUUGGCUGAAUCUGCUGCCAGGGCUGCCUUGUCUGCUGGCAAAGUCUCGCCUGAAACUAUUGAUAGUGUCGUUGUAGGCAACGUCAUGCAGACUUCUUCAGAUGCUAUAUACUUGGCAAGACAUGUUGGUUUGCGUGUGGGAAUCCCAAAAGAGACCCCAGCUGUCACUGUUAAUAGGCUCUGUGGCUCCGGUUUCCAGUCCAUUGUGAAUGGAUGUCAGGAAAUUUGUGUUAAAGACUCUGAAAUUGUCUUGUGUGGAGGAACUGAAAGCAUGAGCCAGGCUCCCUUCUAUGUCAGAAAUAUUCGUUUUGGAACUACGUUUGGAUCAGAUCUCAAGCUGGAAGACUCUUUGUGGACAGGAUUAACAGAUCAGCAUAUCCAAAUCCCAAUGGCAAUUACUGCAGAGAAUCUUGCUGCAAAACAUAAAAUAAGCAGAGAAGACAGUGACAGAUAUGCCCUGCAGUCACAGCAGAGGUGGAAAGCUGCUAAUGAUGCUGGUUACUUUAAUAAUGAGAUGGCACCAAUUGAGGUGAAGACAAAGAAAGGAAAACAGACAAUGCAGGUAGAUGAACAUGCUCGGCCCCAAACAACCCUGGAGCAGUUAAAUAAACUUCCUCCAGUGUUCAAGAAAGAAGGAACCGUUACUGCAGGGAACGCAUCGGGGAUUUCUGAUGGUGCUGGAGCUGUUAUCAUAGCUAGUGAAGAUGCUGUUAAAAAACAUAACUUCACACCACUGGCAAGAAUUGUGGGCUAUUUUGUAUCUGGAUGUGAUCCCGCUAUCAUGGGUAUUGGUCCUGUCCCUGCUAUCAAUGGGGCACUGAAGAAAACAGGACUAAGUCUUAAGGAUAUGGAUUUGGUAGAAGUGAAUGAAGCUUUUGCUCCCCAGUACUUGGCAGUUGAAAAGAGUUUGGAUCUUGACCCAAGUAAAACCAACGUGAAUGGAGGGGCCAUUGCUUUGGGUCACCCAUUAGGGGGAUCUGGAUCAAGAAUUACUGCACACCUGGUUCAUGAAUUAAGGCGUCGGGGUGGAAAAUACGCUGUAGGAUCAGCCUGCAUUGGAGGGGGCCAAGGAAUUGCGGUCAUCAUUGAGAACACAGCUUGAGGAGAGCAGGGAGCCUGCCCUGGUCCACGCUCACAUGACUUGGCCAGGCCACAGUAUGCCAGGUGACCUUCAGAGAAGCUGUGAAGGUCAUGCCAUGCCCUUCACUGAGAGUGAUUGAGUUUGGUCAAGGAAUGGUUUGGCAAAAAUGCAUUUAUCAUGAACAAGAGCCCAUGACAGAAUAAAUUCUCUCAAAUUUGUACCAAAUAUGCUGCAUUUCUGAACUAAAAUCCAACUAUAGAAGACCUCACACGGAAUUGUAUCCUUGCCAAAUAACCACCACUUAUGUCUUAGAUAAUAUGAUUGCAGGUAAAUUGAAUAAAUUCUGCCUUAACUUCAGCUAA